AUUAAUUAUUAAUGAAUGAUACUAUUGUAAUAGAGAUAACCCCUUCAGAAAUAAGUGAGACAGAGAAGAAGAUUAUCGAAUAUCUAGAGUAGGAGUUAUUGUUGAAGUAAUUCACAGAUCCAUAGUUAAAACAAAUCAACUUUGAAUUGUCAAAGAAAAAAACUAUAUUUUCAUUUAGAUCUAUGGAUUCUGACACUGAAAUUUCUGAAGCUACUUCUUGUUCAACAAUAAGGAGCAGCAAAUUACAAAUGUGUAAAUCACCAUUAUUUAGAAGAAGACAUAGUACAUUGGUUUUAGACUAGUUAUCUUGA